AUAUUCAUAAUGUUGAAAAAGUUCACAAAUAUUUUUAUUCGGGUAAUAUAUUAUUUAAUGAUUAUUAUCCAUUUAUAAGUGAUUUAGGUAUGUGUCAACCAGCAAAUAUAAAGCAAUCAGCUAAAGAAGAAGGAAUUUAUGGAGUAUUACCAUAUAUAUAUGGCACCAGAAGUUUUACGUGGAUACCAAUAUACAAAAGCAGCAGAUAUUUACUCAUUUGGAAUAGUAAUGAAUGAAUUUCUUUCUGAAGAAAUUCCUUUUAAUGAUAUUCCUCAUGAUGAAUUUUUAGCUAUUAAAAUAUGUAAAGGACUUAGACCAACAAUUUCUGAAGGUGUACCAAAGUUACUUGCAGAUUUGAUAGUAAAAUGUUGGAAUGCUGAAAUAAAAAAUGGACCAACCACUAAAGAGUUGUAUCAAACACUAAAUGAAUGGAAUGAUGAAAUUAGUGAAUAUAGUAAAAAUAGCGAAGAUAAUAAAGAUGGUGACAAUAGUCAAAAUAGUGAAAUAUAUUUUCAAAUAAAAGAAUAUAAAUCCAAAAGCUUUCAAACACACCCACAAGCAUUUUAUAUUAGUAGACUUUUAAAUUUUAAAAAUCUUCCAAAACCAGUAAAUUCUUCAGAUUUAUCAUCUUGUCAUUUCAGUUCGGAUAAUAAUUAUACUGUUCAAUCAACGUCAGCAAAUCCAAUUUCAGAAUGCUUAGAUGUUCAAUUAAGUGAAUUGGAACUAAAUGAAAUUUGUCAAGAUAGUGAACAUAAUAUUGAAUGAAGUUCUCUUUUAUGUGAAAGUUUUUAUUUUUCUUUCAUUGAUUUAUUGGAUUUUAUGUUUAUGAAUAUUCUAUAUAAAU